GUAGUAUGCAAAGGUCAAAUGCGCACACCUGACUUUUUCAGCUGGUGUCUUAAUAUAUAGGACUAGCAUAUGGCAAUAGCGGCUGAACGUAACUCCCCCUUUCUUCUGCUAGAACAAAAAUUAUGGACUGUUUUUUUUUUUUGUUUUGUUUUGUUUGUUACUGAGAAAUGUGCCUGAAGUGAUUUGUCCUGAUUGUAUGCAACAGAUAAAGACUAAGUUUCUCUGCAUUUAGUACUUGUGGUAGGCUGUCUUUGGGAAAAUAUGUGUAAAAUCAGAAAAUAUGCUUUGACCAAUAAAACCUUGUGUUUUUUUAAUUAUGCAACUGAGUACAUUAAUGAUUAGGCAUAAGCGUAUACAUUGAACUAUGAACAAUGGCAGAAGCAUGAAUGACUCUAAAAGGUCAAUUUUUCAUUACGUCAUACAAUACAAUGACUAUACAAUUCGUGGAACUGAACUGAACUGAGAUUAUACUUGCUGUGCUUUGACAAAGAUAUGCUCACUUUGUGUCCAAAGAGUACGUUCUGAAACAGCCGCAGUGCUGGACACAAACUGCAGCAGUUUUCUCCACACAAACUCUCUGUGUGACAAACAUUCCCCUACCCCACCACAUCCCCCGGUAGUGGCUGUCCUGCCACCAGCCGAAGCUGCACGGGACAGGACAAAGCAGCGAGGCGUUCAACCAUGUGACCAAGUCACUGCACCUAACGGUGGCAGUUAACCCCCUUCCCCACUCUCUCAAAAUAAGGGUUCCUUGGCUUGUCUCUGUAGGGGAGCCCUUUUUGCGGUAGCUCAUCAUGACCCUCUUAGGUAGCUGUGAAAAGUGUGAAAGCUCCCAGACUGAACCAUUUUGCCCAACCACGAACCCUUGAACUGGGCAGGGUUCCUCUAUGGGGACAUAGAGGAGCCUUCUGGAGCGUUUUUCUUCUGAGAGUGUCAAUGAACGAGGGUCAUCCUUCCUUGGUCUUGCAUGCGCAGCAGCCUUUUGUGUUGUUGGGCGCUGCUGUUCGCACAGCACAUGGAGAGGAUCUCACAAAGACGCCCGAGGAGGACAAAGGACAUCCACACCUCAGCGCUGCUGGAUUUACCGCCCCGGAAUGGGACCGGGGCUGCGGCCCACCCGAGAGGAACACACGAACCCCGACCCCCCCACCCCAGACCUAUGAGAGCAUUCGCAGCACACUCAUGAUUUCUCCAUAGCCACGAGCGGACUGGUGCAGCCAUGUUCAGGAACAGCUUGAAGAUGUUGCUCAGCGGCGGGAAGUCCAACCGCAAGAACCGCAACAGCGGUGGCAGCUCCACAGACAGCGACUGCACCUUCGAGGGAGACUACACGGUGCCCGCGCUGCCGGUGACGGAAGGCAUGCAGCACAUCCGCAUCAUGGAGGGCGUGUCCCGCUCACUGCCCUCCUCCCCGCUGCUCACGCACCAGGCCAUCAGCAUGCGGCUGCAGCCAAUGAAGAGGCUCACAGCCCCGCUACGGAAAGCAAAGUUUGUGGAGGGCCCUCGCAUUCCAGACUCGGAGCUUGGCUCCCCUACACACACCUCUUCCCCUGCCAGGACUCCCAACCUGGAUCCAUACCAUCCCGGGGAGGCGAACCCGGAGCUGGGGCCCCCUCCGUCGGUGGACGAGGCGGCCAACACCCUGAUGACGCGGCUGGGCUUCCUGCUGGGCGAGAAAGUGAGCGAGGGGCCGGCGGGAGCUCAGUACAGCAUGGAGGAGCAGGACGACAGCCAGGGCCUGUCGGGGACCCAGAGGAUCAGCCCGUGCUCCACCCUGACCAGCAGCACCGCCUCCCCACCCGCCGGGAGCCCCUGCUCCACCCUGCCCUCCGCCACCCCGGGGAACCCUGGGAGCAAGGACUGCACCUACGGCUCCGUCACCAGCCCCACCUCCACCCUGGAGAGCAGGGACAGCGGCAUCAUUGCCACGCUGACCAGCUAUUCGGAGAACGUGGAGCGGGGGGGCAAGCACGGCGAGGGCUCGCGCGGGAACCUGAAGCUCUGGCAGUCGCAGAAGUUGGGCGUGGACUCCUACCUGUACCGCGUGGACGAGAACAUGACCGCCUCCACCUACAGCCUCAACAAGAUCCCCGAGAGGAACCUGGACACCAUGUCCUCCCACUCCGUACACUCCAUCCCCCUCUACCUCAUGCCCCGCCCCAACUCCGUGGCAGCCACCAGCUCGGCUCACCUGGAGGACCUGGCAUACCUGGAUGAGCAGAGACACGCCCCGCUGCGCACCUCCCUCCGGAUGCCCCGGCAGACCGCGGGGGCCGGACGCUCCGGGCAGGACCUCAGAGCUUCCCCUAGCACCCAUGCCUGGCAGUCCCAGUCAAUGCGCUUCGCCCCGUACCGGCCCCCGGACAUCUCGCUGAAGCCGCUGCUGUUCGAGGUGCCCAGCAUCACCGUGGACUCGGUCUUCAUCGGCCGCAACUGGCUCUUCCAGGAGAUCGACGGCCAGCUGCGCAGCCCCGACCCCGGCUCCAACCGCGGCGUGGUGGUGGUGGGCAACAUCGGCUACGGCAAGACCGCCAUCGUCUCCCGCCUGGUGGCGCUCAGCUGCCACGGCACCCGCAUGCGCCAGAUCGCCUCGGACAGCCCCCACGCCUCGCCCAAACACACAGAGGGCCUGCCCCUCAGCCAGCCCCAGCCCUCCCAUGGCACCUUGGGUGGGGGGAGCUGUCCUGGUACACCAGAGAUGCGCCGGCGGCAGGAGGAGGCUAUGAGAAGACUAGCUUCUCAGGUGGUGGCGUACCACUACUGCCAGGCGGACAACGCGUACACCUGCCUGGUGCCGGAGUUUGUGCACAACGUGGCGGCGCUGCUCUGCCGAUCGCCGCAGCUCCUGGCCUACAGGGAGCAGCUGCUGAGGGAGCCGCACCUCCAGAGCAUGCUCAGUCUGCGCUCCUGCGUGCAGGACCCCCUGGCCUCCUUCAGGAGAGGGGUGCUGGAGCCCCUGGACACCCUCUACAAAGAGAGGAAGAUCACCACCGACGAAGACCUCAUCAUCCUCAUCGACGGGCUGAACGAAGCAGAGUUCCACAAACCUGACUACGGGGAUACGAUAGUCUCCUUCCUGAACAAGACCAUCAGCAGGUUCCCUCCCUGGCUGAAGCUGGUGGUGACCGUGCGGAGCUCUCUGCAGGUGCGUGCAAGUGAGGAGGAGAUCACCAAGCUCCUCCCCUUCCACCGCGUCUCGCUGGACCGGCUGGAGGAGAACGAGUCGAUCGAGCAGGACCUCCAGGGCUACAUCCUCCACCGCAUCCACAGCAGCCCCGAGAUCCAGAACAACAUCUCGCUCAACGGCAAGAUGGACAACGCCUCUUUCGGCAAGCUGAGCGCCCACCUGAAGGCGCUGAGCCAGGGCUCCUACCUGUACCUCAAGCUGACCUUCGACCUCAUCGAGAAGGGCUACCUGGUGCUCAAGAGCUCCAGCUACAAGGUGGUGCCGGUGAGCCUGGCCGAGGUCUACCUGCUGCAGUGCAACAUGCGCUUCCCCACGCAGUCGUCCUUCGAGCGCGCCCUGCCGCUGCUCAACGUGGCCGUGGCCUCGCUGCACCCGCUGACGGACGAGCAGGCCUUCCAGGCCAUCAACGCCGGCACCGUGCAGGGCGCCGUGGACUGGGAGGACUUCCAGCAGCGGCUGGACAACCUGUCCAUCUUCCUGGUGAAGCGGCGGGACGGCACGCGCAUGUUCGUGCACCCCUCCUUCCGCGAGUGGCUCAUCUGGAGGGAGGAGGGCGAGAAGACCAAGUUCCUGUGUGACCCCAGGAGCGGUCACACUCUCCUGGCCUUCUGGUUCUCCCGGCAAGACGGCAAGCUGAACCGGCAGCAGACCAUCGAGCUGGGCCACCACAUCCUCAAAGCACACAUCUUUAAGGGCCUGAGCAAGAAGGUUGGGGUUUCCUCGUCCGUCCUGCAGGGGUUGUGGGUGUCAUACAGCACGGAGGGGCUCUCCACCGCACUGUCAUCACUGAGGAACCUCUACACGCCCAACAUCAAGGUGAGCCGGCUGUUGAUCAUGGGCGGGGCCAACGUGAACUACCGCACCGAGGUGCUGAACAACGCGCCCAUCCUGUGCGUGCACGCCCACCUGGGCUACGUGGAGACGCUGUCCCUGCUGCUGGAGUUCGGCGCGUCCGUCGACUCGGCCUCCGAGACGGGCCUCACGCCGUUGGGCUACGCCGCGGGCGCGGGGCACCUCGCCAUCGUCACCACGCUGUGCCGCCGGAGAGCGAAGGUGGAUCACCUGGAUAAGAAUGGCCAGUGCGCGCUGGUGCACGCGGCCCUCAGGGGUCACCUGGAGGUGGUGCAGUUCCUCAUCCAGUGCGACUGGACCAUGGGAGGCCAGCUGCAGGGCGUCUUCAGCAAAAGCCAUGCCGUCCAGCAGGCCCUGGUGGCUGCGGCCAGCAUGGGCUACACAGAGAUCGUGUCCUACCUGCUGGACCUGCCGGAGAAGGACGAGGAGGAGGUGGAGCGUGCUCAGAUCAACAGCUUUGACACGCUGUGGGGGGAGACGGCGCUCACGGCGGCCGCGGGGCGGGGGAAGCUGGAGGUGUGCCGGCUGCUGCUGGAGCAGGGCGCCGCCGUGGGACAGCCCAACCGCCGCGGGAUCGUCCCCCUCUUCAGCACCGUGCGCCAGGGACACUGGCAGAUAGUGGACCUGCUGCUGACUCACGGGGCAGAUGUGAACAUGGCGGAUAAACAGGGCCGCACCCCGCUAAUGAUGGCGGCGUCUGAGGGGCAUCUGGGCACGGCCGAGUUCCUGCUGGCGCAAGGUGCUUCCCUGUCUCUGAUGGAUAAGGAGGGGCUGACGGCGCUGAGCUGGGCAUGUCUGAAGGGGCACCUGCCGGUAGUGCGCUCCCUGGUGGAGAGGGGGGCCGCCACCGACCACGCCGACAAGAACGGCAGAACGCCGCUCGACCUGGCGGCUUUCUACGGCGACGCCGAGGUGGUGCAGUUCCUGGUGGACCAUGGGGCCAUGAUCGAGCACGUGGACUACAGUGGCAUGCGGCCGCUGGACAGGGCGGUGGGCUGCCGAAACACAUCCGUGGUGGUGGCCUUACUGAAGAAGGGAGCCAAGAUAGGAUGUCAGACCCUACCCAGUCGCCCCCGAGGUCCGGCAACAUGGGCAAUGGCCACCUCAAAGCCUGACAUCAUGAUCAUUCUCCUGAGCAAGCUGAUUGAGGAAGGGGACAGCUUCUAUAAGAAGGGGAAGGUGAAGGAGGCCGCCCAGCGCUACCAGUACGCGCUCAAGAAGUUCCCGCGGGAAGGCUUCAGCGAGGACCUCAAGACCUUCCGCGAGCUCAAGGUGUCCCUGCUGCUCAACCUGUCCCGCUGCAGGAGGAAAAUGAAUGACUUUGGGAUGGCUGAGGAGUUUGCCACCAAGGCUCUAGAGUUGAAACCAAAAUCAUACGAGGCCUAUUACGCCAGAGCCCGCGCCAAGCGCAGCAGCAGGCAGUUCCCCGCAGCCCUGGCGGACCUGAAUGAAGCCAUGAAGCACUGCCCCAACAACCGUGAGAUCCAGCGCCUGCUGCUGCGUGUGGAGGAGGAGUGCCGCCAGGUAACCCAGCAACAGGAGCUGGAGGCUCUGCCCCCUCCCCCGCCCGCCGAGGAGCUGGCCCCGCCCCCCGAGCCCCGCCUGGACGACAUGGAGCCCGUGCAGGACCUGUUUGAGGACGAGGACUACCUGGAGCAGGACAUGGAGGGCGUGUCCAUGGGCCUGCCCCCCGAGCCCCGCAACGCCCCCCCCCCCACCCAGAGCCCGCCCCCGUCCCCGAGCCACCGCGACUCGGCCUACCUCUCCGGGGGCCAGUCCUUCGACUUCCGCCCCAGCCCGCCGUCCAUGUCCUCCCCCCCCCUCCAGGGCUACCAGUCCCCCUCCCCCUCCCUGUCCCCCACCCACCAGAACUCCCACUACCGGCCCAGCCCCCCUCAAACGUCCCCCGCCCACCAGGUCUCCCCCUACUGCUACAGCCCCCCGCCCCUGGGCGCCGACUACGGGAGCCCCCCUCCCUCGCCCCUCCGCAGGGGGCCGCAGUACCGGGCCACGCCCCCGGCCGAAAGCAUGGGCCUGUACCGGUCCCAGUCCGGCUCCCCGGUCCGGUACCAGCAGGAGCCCCUCCCCCCCCGGCCCAAGUCGCCCCUGUCCAAAAUGAGCAGCCAGCGCUCCUUCCAGCUGAGCCCCCAGCCGCCCCCCGUCCAGGGCCAGCAGGGGCACCGGCCGCAGGCCUCCAAGGCGCACAUCGUCCGCACGGGGCAGGCGGCCGCGCUGGGCAGCAGCGCCUACGGCCAGAUAUCGCAGUCCAUGAGCGCCCGCUACCCGGAGGAGGUGGGCCGGCUGGUGUACCAGCCGUCCCUGGAUGGUAGGCCCAUGACGCAGGUGCAGGCCAGCCUCAGCGCGGGGGCCCUGUACCAGCACGGCGGGCGGGCCGGCAUGGGCGGGGUCGCGGGGGCGGAGUCGGGCCUGGUCAGGGAGGAGCUCCCGCCGCGGCCCGCCUCGGCCUACAGGGGAGGGGGUCGCUACGGCCAGACCCCCCAGAUCAGCCGCAGCCAAUCGGCGGCCUACUACCCCGUCUCCAGGGGCGAGCUCGAGAGGCAGCCGUGCCAGGUGGGCUCGCCCGAAAACACGCACCUGGCCCCCCGCCGGCCCGUCAGCGCCAACCCCGCCGAGAUCAAGCAGCACCCGCCGGCCCCGCGGCCGCUCAUCCACUCCCAGAGCGUGGGCCUGCGCUUCUCGCCCUCCGCGAGCAGCCUCUCUGUGGGGCCCGCCUGUAAUCUAGCCGCAGGCUUCCGGGGCAUGGAGGUGCUGCUCAACCCGGCUUAUGAGAGCUACUGCGACGACCUGUCGCCCGUCUCCCCCCCGCAGCAGUGCGACGGAAGGGGGGGCGGUGGGGGCGGGGCCUACCCAGGGGAGGCGGCCCGCUCCCGGACCACGCCCUUCAUGGGCGUCAUCGACAAGACGGCGCGGACGCACACGCAGUCGCAGCAGUACCUGCAGCAGCCCUCCAGGCCGUGGGCCGUGUCCUCGCUGGACAUGGCGGUAAGCCCCACCUCUGCGGGGGGCGUGGCCCAGCAAGGGGGCGGGGGCGGAGGCCCCUCCUACAGUCCGCCCUCCUCGCUGGGCAACAUCGCCUACUACAACAAGACCAACAACGCGCAGAACGGCCACCUGCUGGAGGACGAGUACUACCUGCCCGCGGGGGAGAUCCAGGCGCCCACCUACCCCGACGUCAAGGUGGCGCGGACCCUCCCGGUGGCACAGGUCUACCAGGACAGCGUUUACCGCCAGCUCUCUCGCGACUCCCGGCAAGGCCCCACCUCGCCCAUCAAACCAAAGAGACCGUUCGUAGAGUCGAACGUGUAGAGGACUCUGUGCAGGGGGAGAGGAGAGGGGAGCAGGGGGAGAGGAGAGGGGAGCA